GCUCUAAUCAAUAAGACGUGUUUGGGAACUUGUAGAAGAGUUGAUGGAAUAGAGAUUUUCGUUUUAGUUUUACAUCGUGCCAAUUAGUCGAACGAAUAAGCCCCGAUGACUCCUCAAAAACUGAUUGGAGCGAUCCGGCUUUUACAUUUUAGGCAGCGAGUUUUAUAAUUGCGUACAGAAGGAAGUUUCAGUGGAUUUUUUAAAUUAAUGUCAUUGACUUUUCCAUUGGUUUCUGUUUGUCCUGGGAUUAAUAUGUUGCGGAUUUGGUUGUUUUUGUUUUGAUAUGGUGAUUUGCAGACAAAUUAAAAGCCAGCUGGUGAAUGUGAAAUUUUUGACAUGAAUUGCGUGUUACGGACUUCGAAUUGUCUGCUUAUAAGAGACAGUGGCUAAAUGUUCUGAAAUUGCAGCUGUUCAUAGUGUCACCAACUUAGCCAUGUCUUCAAAUAUUACUGUAAAAUUUCAAAAGUGAAAAACUCUAGCCAAUAAACACCUCGGAUUUAUUUUCGUAGUUUCCUUCAGCAUUUUUACGGAAAUCGAGAAUUUAAACAAUAAAAAGAUAAGAUAUAAUACCAUUGUCUUCCAAUUUGUCACGACUUGGAUUACGGAAGAAGACAAAGAAUAAAACGUAUCAACAGGGAUUUGUAUUCAAAGCAUCGCGACUGCUGCUUUUUGUUUCGAUUUGGAGUGAGAUACCAAUGAUGUAUAAUUGUUAAUUCUUCCUUGAUUCUGAUUUAACUCCCUGGGAUAACCUAGGUGACAUCAGAUGAUGAUGGUGAUGAUGAUGAUGAGAAUAUCUUGAUGUGUUGUAUGUACUUGGCAAUCACUGAUGCAUAAUUUAUUGCUUUGAUUCUCCUGGCAAUGUGGAAGCAUUAAAUUCCUCAAUGUGUUACGUUGACAUCCAUGGGAACACACGACAUGGACCAGAUAUUAGUGUUGUUGUCUGCACUGAUCACUGACAAGCUGGGGACAGUGAAGUGUUUCUGAGUUUAUCUCUGUUAUCUGGUUUCAUUUUUUUUUAUAUUCUGAAGGUGAUCAUGUUGGAUUACUGAAGGAUUUAGAUCUAGAGAUGGCUUGGUCCUGCAUCAAUACGGGAACCUCCAGUAUUCUGAAUGGAUUACUAGACAGGUUCGAACGUCCGGCCAGCCGCAGUCCAGUUGUCACUGAGCAAGUCCAACCGUCCCCUAACGCACACACCUCGCUCCACGAGAGCCUUGGGGUCAGGAAUGGAGCGGGUGCGGGGGGCCACGGGAACUACCAAGCGAUGGGCGGCACCCCCACACACAGGCCCCUCAUGAAGAAUGAUUCUUCAAAAUCCCAAAGUGCCGAUGACGUCAACAAUUCCUUAUGGAAAGGAAUGAGGAACAUUGCGUUCACGUUAAUGGAAAAUGCGUCUCAAGACGCAGAGGCAAUGGAAGCGUCGUCUUCAAUUGACGUCACAGAGGGCGUCGAUUGUAAACUGGGACGCCUACAAAUAGGAUUAAGCUAUGACUUUCAGUCUUUGACCUUGACUUUAAAAGUGAUACAGGCCACUGGUCUGGUGGCCAAAGACUUCACGGGUACAAGUGACCCAUAUGUGAAAAUUCUACUUUUGCCUGAUAAGAGACACAAACUUGUGACUAAAGUGAAAAAGAAAAACCUCAAUCCGCGGUGGAAUGAAAGCUUUUUGUUCGAAGGUUGGCCUCACAAUAAGUUAUUAGAGAAGACGAUAUACCUACAAGUGAUUGAUUACGAUCGGUUCAGUCGGGACGACCCGAUCGGGGAGACCUACAUACCACUGAACGAGGUGGACCUGUCCCAGUCGCCAAUCAUGUGGCGCUACUUACAACCGUGCAAAGACAGCAGGGGUAAACUGGGGGAGAUUCUACUGUCAUUAAGCUACCAGCCCGCCGUGGGGAGACUGAACAUCAUCGUCAUGAAAUGCAAAGAUCUCAAAGCCAAAGACAUCACCGGAGCCUCAGAUCCCUACGUUAAAAUGUGGCUAAAGUUUGGCGCCACUAGAAUGGAGAAGAAGAAGACGUCGAUAAAAAUGCGAACUCUAAACCCAGUGUAUAACGAGUCGUUCUUUUUCGAGAUUCCGUGGGACAAAAUUCGGGAGGCUGCAAUAGAAGUGAUAGUAAUGGACUUCGAUAAAGUGGGCAGGAACGAAAUGAUCGGCAAAAUCAUUCUAAGCAGCAAGAGUGGGCCGCUAGAAACAAGACACUGGAAUGACAUGAUCACCAAACCUCGCCAGCAGGUGGCGCAGUGGCAUUUGCUUAAAGACUGAUAACAUUCUGGAAGUAGCCAUUAUUGUUAAUUUCAAUUCUUUUUUUUUGUAAAGUGCGAUGUCUCCAAGAAAAGACAACUCUUGUACAUUUUGUUAAGAAUGAUAUUUAUAAGAUUAUUUAUUGGUGAAUCUCAAUGACAUGAAUAUUUUUACAAUUGGAUUACCGUGACGAUUUAAAAUAAUUAAUUCUUUUAAAGGGUGUUUCUACUUUAUGUAUGUAAAAUAUAAAAAUAGAUAAAUGUUCCAAAGGAUUAACAUUCACUCAAUACUUUAAAAGAGUGUGAUUGAAUGGUAUACAUAUUAAGUAUACUUUGUAUAUGUACAUGUAUUCCAUGUUUUUACACUAAUCAAAGUUACUCAUCUGCAUUUAUAUUAUGUUACGUAAAAAUCCAUGAUGCGAAAAAUGAUCUUUAUAAAAACAGGAAAUAAAUGUUGCUUUAAGACAUGUCAUAGUGAUGUGUAAACCUAACUCUUUUUUCUGUUAGAAUGGUUUUUAUUGCAUUUCAUUAAAGUUCCAAUUACUUUUACU